CAGCAUCAAGACCAUCAGCAGCAUCAAUCAUCGGCAUCAUCAGCAGUAGCAUCGGCAUCGUCCACAGCGGCGCGGUCAGACUCCCCGGCUACUCGCUGACGUGGAAAUUCUCGACUACAAGACGAAGAAACAGCUCUGCUUCUUGGAUAAGGUCGAACCUCAUGCCUCAAUUAAUGAUAUUAGAUUGAUGUUCCACAAAUUUUAUCCCCAGUGGUAUCCAGCAAGACAAUCGAUCAGGCUCGACCCCAAAGGAAAAUCCUUGCGGAAUGAGGAAAUCCUGCAAAGGCUUCCUGUUGGCACAACGGCUACCCUCUAUUUUAAAGAUUUGGGGCCACAAAUAGGUUGGACAAUGGUUUUUUUGAUAGAGUACACUGGUCCGCUCGUCGUCUAUCUCCUAUUUUACCUCCGCAUGCCUUUCGUCUACAGCCUGGACAAGAAGUUUAUGUCGCAAUCCCACGCCGUUGUGAACCUGGCAUGUGUCUGCCAUUCUUUCCACUACAUCAAAAGGUUGAUUGAAACAAUAUUUGUUCAUCGAUUCUCCCAUGGGACUAUGCCACUGAGGAGUAUUGUGAAGAACUGCUUCUAUUACUGGGGAUUUGCUGCUUGGCUUGCUUAUUACAUCAAUCAUCCUCUUUACACGCCUCCUUCCUAUGGACAAAAGCAGAUCAAUUUUUCUUUGAUCAUGUUUCUUUUGUGUGAAGCUGGGAAUUUCUCCAUUCACGUGGAGCUCAAUAACUUAAGCGGCAACGGAUCCAAGGCUCGUCGGAUCCCGUAUCCAAACAAGAACCCAUUCACCUGGCUCUUUUUCUUUGUCUCUUGUCCUAACUAUACCUACGAGGUAGGGACGUGGAUCAGUUUCACCAUCAUGACGCAGUGCGUGCCAGUGGGAUUAUUCACCCUGAUUGGUUUCAUUCAGAUGACCAUCUGGGCCAAGGACAAGCACUGCACCUACAUCAAAGAGUUCAAGGAUUACCCAAGCUUCAGGACGCCAAUCAUCCCUUUCUUGCUUUAGGAAGCAAGCAAUAGGAGGGCACUUCAGCGGACCUGCAGGAAGGAGAUCAGAGGGGCUCUGAUCAUCUCGGUUUUCUCGUAAGGUGGUGAUCUUCUUGGCGGUUUUAAAAAUUAAUCGAUUGGCAAUAAUUCUCUCAAGACAGCCAAGGCCUGGUGCUGAGGGUAGGGUCCAGAAGCUGGGGUAGUGGAAUAAACCAUUCACACAGGUGCACUAGAUCCAUGUAGAGCAGAAAGCUGCACUUCCCCGGGGUAGUUCUAACUCACGGGCUUUUUAGAAGCCCAGAUGAGUUGGUGUGGCCUUACUAUCUCACAAGAAAUGGAAGCUUUCCUGAUUCAGGUUCUCUUGGGGGUGAGGAAUUUUCUUGAGCACGGGUUGUGAAGGAAGGUGAGGCAGGGAGGAGGCAGAGGGAUGCCUGAAGCCAGAGGGAGGAGGACAGCACACUCUAGCCCCAAGGCCACCAGGCCCAGGAGACAGCACGAGCCACGUUAGUUGGCUGACUUGGCUCUCCUCUCUAGGCGGAAGCCAGCCUGGUGGCUAGUGCAAGUGCGGAAGAUGGGGGGAGGAAAGACAGAUGAGGAGAGAGAAAGAAAAAGGAAGAGAGGG